CUGCCAACAUGGUGUGUGUGUGUGUGUGUGUGUGUGUGAAAUAAAGAAAGGGAGAGAGCGAGUGGCGAGUACAGACGGGAGAGCGAGGGGAGGAGACGCUGCAUUACUGCUGCUGCUCUGUCUGCUGCAGCCUCGGCGGUGUGUGUGUCCUGCUUGUGUGUGCGUGGCGUCGUCAUGGUUCUGAUCGGAGCGGCGAUCAAGUCCGUCCUCAGAUAUCUCAACAAGACCCGAGCCGGGGACGGGGACAGCAAGUGGUCUGUGCGCUACACUACCCAGAAGCCCCAGCAGGGUCUGCUCUUCAUCCCCGGGAAAAGACGGUCCGGCAGCGCAGAUGAUCUGCAAGGUCAGAGGUCAACGGGGAGGAACGGUGUGUCUAACAGGCUGACUCAGCAUGGUUACAGCCGACCCGGCAGCUCGCAGCCCCGCCCACCGAGUCCAUCCUCCUCUGGGCUCGACCAAUCAGAGGGCAGAACUACACGCCGGCGGUGGAAGGACAAAAGCAGGCGGAUGUCCUCAGCUUUCUCGGAUGAAGACGAGAAGUUUAUCUUGAACAACACGCGACCCCUGACCCCACUGGUCCUCAACCCGGUCCACCGCACCUCCUGUUGGGAUGUCUUUGCCCCCACCUACGAGCCAGCGGUCGAGGAUGAGAUGGAGCCGCCCCCCCGGCUUCCAACACCGGAGGAGAGGAUGAGGCAGCAGGCCGAGGCAGUCGCAGCUGACAUAGUCCCUAUCAAUAUAACAGGACAGAGUUUUGAUCGUCAGGCCAGUUUUCGAAGAGUGGCUUCCAACGCGGACUCGUUAUCCCGGCGCCCCCGGAACCUGAGCCGCUGCAAGAGAGUCACUGGGAUGUCCGAUGAUGUCAACCGGAAGCUUGACUCGCCUUUGGUCUCUUUGGUUCUUCCUGUUCAGUUCUCCGCCGUGAGUCCACCUGCCCACCAACAGAACAGUACAGGGCAGGAGGUGAAAGAAAAGGAGAGGGGAGAAGUCAGACAGGAGGGGCAGUCAUCAGUGAGGAGGAUCCGAGCUCCAAGAGGGGAGGGGAUGUCCAGCCUCAUGGCCUCCCUUACCUCCUCUCCUCCUGUCAAACCCUGUCACGACCACGCCAUCUCCUGCUGCUCAUCCCCCUCGGAGAUCCACAGCCUCCCCCGUCCGGGAACCAACUCGUCUCUGAACUCCGAGGCCAGCUGUAACAGCGCCUCCUACAGGACGCUCAGUGCCUCCUCAUCGUGCUGCCAGGAUCUACAGGGUUUCCCCAGUGACCUCCAGCCCCUGCUGCCCUUUGACCCCACUGCCAGAGUCAUCCCCCUGUCACCUUCCUCCUCAUCCUCUUCCUUUCCUUCCUCCCCGGUCUCCUCCUCCCUCCCUCGCACCCCAAGCCGUGCUCUAAAAUCAGAGUGGUCUUACCCCGGAGAUAAGUCCCUGAAUGAGGCUGCCCAACAUCCCAGUUCCCGUUCCUCCUCCCAAUACCUAUCCUCUUCUUCCAUCGCAGACUCAGAGUCUCAGUUUAGUUACCAGGAUACCCAAUGCUCCUACGAUGAGGAGGCAUGGAGCUACCGGCCCCUGUCCCGCAGCUCCAGCGUCCACAGCGGCAUCACCCAGGAGAUGAGGUGUCUUUCUGGGGAAGGUUGGAGCUGUGAUCCCCUGCUCUCCUCCGCUCGCUCUUCGCCCUCUCACACUGACAGCACCUCUCUGUGUUCAGAGAAAAUGACCUCCUCUCCCAGGCCAAUGCAGGAGAAAAGGAAGUCCAGCACUUCCUCCUCCUACUCGUCUUCCAUCACCCGCUGCAUCUCCCUCCGCAAGUCCAAGCGGCCGCCUCCUCCGCCAUUGCGCUCUGACUCCCUGAGGCGCCGUCCGGGUCGUAGCAAACCCUCCCGCUCCUCGUCCAGUCCCCGUGUGGAGCGGAGCCCCCUUCUGGAGCGUAAGCCCACCUCCUCUCCACAGGCCUUCGAUGACCCCUGGGUGCCCCGGAGCAACCUCAGAAGACGCCAGAGUGGGCUUAACUGUGGGACAGUCACAACCUUUGAACCCUUAAGCCCGGACUGCCAGGCGGAAAUCUCCUUUGACUAUCCUCCGUCCGAGCACGUGCCGCCAAGUCCCAGCCCCUCCCACGCCGUCGCCCCUGGGUCUCCAGGCUCAGAGGAGGAGGGGCUAAGAUUUACCCUAAACCCCCUUCCAGCUGGCUCUUCCGCGGCCGGGCUGCAGCGGCUCGCUUCGCCCUCUAGUGGCUACUCCAGCCAGUCUAACACCCCCACUCCAGGCACACCCGUGUCCUCACCCCUCACCCCCUCCUCUCCGUCUCGGGGCGAAGGGAGGCCAAAGCCGCCGGUGCAGAGGAAGUCAUCACUCUUUUCCUCCCUCUCCUCCUCAUUUUCCUCCACCUCCUCCCUCUCCUCCUGCACCUCCUCAGAAUCCUCUGCCAGGCAUCCACUUCUCCCUCCUCCUCCUCCUCCUCCUCUACCAGGAUCUUCCUCUCCUCUGCCUCCUGUCUUCUACUCCCCCAUUCACUCCUCCCCUCCUCCCGCUCCUCCCUUCCUCAGUCCUGCCCCCCUGCAGACCUCCUUUGUGUCCACCAUAACAUCGUCAACCAACUUCCCUCCUCCCCCAACCUCCCCACCACCUCCUCCAAUUCCUCCCUCUUCAGAAAUCCCAGAAUUCCCAUUCGCUGACCUCCCUCCUCCCCCCCCACCACCACCUCUGCCUUCUCUCCCCGUAUCCUCUGCCACCUCCUCCCCCCCCCCAGGCCAUGGCAAGUCUCCAAAUAGCUAUUUAAACGUGGCCACGCCCCCCGGCCUCCUGGUCACUGCCCAAGCUUUGCAGGGCGUCAAGCUUCGUUCUGUCAAGAACCAGGAAGGCCCGCCCCCUGACACCAUGCUAGCCAAUGCUGCAGCUGCUAAUGCUAACCAUGCUAAUACCAUCUACGCUUUACCGAGCAAAGAAGCUUAUGUAGCAAUGAGGCUAACACAACUAGCAUUAAUGGGUAAUUCUAGCCUUUAUAGCCCAGCCAACGCUGAUGGGCCUGCAUGCAAGUCAGAUUAUGAUUACUAUAACCUAACAAAAAGUGAGGUGACGGCACCCGACGCUAAGUCAUCUUAUGCUAAUCUUCAGAGCCAGCGAGGCGUCGUUGCUGUUCCAGCUAACCAGAACAGCUCUGGGCCUAAGCUGACCGAUGGCGAAACUCCUCUAGACAUCCAGUACAAUGAACGAGAGAAGGAAGAUACUAAGAUGUAUGCUACACUGGCAAACAAUGAAGACUCCAGUCCUGACAAUCCCUGGGUCAAAAGGUCUUAUGAUUCUGACAAAAACCACAUCAACACAGUCAUCCAGCAACAGAUCACCGACAGUAAGCUGACUGAGCCUGCAGAGCAACAGGAUGUUAGGCACAAUGAUUCUGCAUACUGGACGCUCUCCGGAACAAAACGAGAGCCUCGAAGAAAGAACGGAACAAUACUGUCGGAGAGCAAAGAUGAAGUAGAGACAAAUGACGAGAGUAAUUCGGAAAUGUGGAAUCACGGUGCAGCUGAUGGAGAAUCUGCAGCACACAGUAACAGCGUCUGUAAGACAGGCAGCCCGAGGAAGCUCGGCUCCCCAGAGAAGCCGAUUCCCCCAAAGAAGCCUGAUCUUUGCAUUCUGGGUAGCUGGAAGAGCAGUGGACAAAUCACGGCGCCUUCCCUUGGGCUCAACGGCCAAUCAGAAUUUCCAUCUGAUUCCUUCCGCACACCUUUGCACACAACUCUGAGCCACUGUGCGCCUUCACCAAAGCUCUUGACGCGAACCACAGCGGACAAAACGGCAAUUCCUGACAAGUCAGUGAGCGAAACAACUUCACCUGCGCGCUCAGUGAAUGCUGCUGCUUCUUCGCCUGUAAACAUAACGCCCGCCGACGUCGCCCCGCUCUCGCCCGCCGACGUCGCCCCGCUCUCGCCCGCCGACGUCGCUUCGCCCGCCAGCUCGCCUCACAGGCAGAAGCCACAGAUUUUGCACAAGAAGCCAGAUGUCUCACUGACGUCACCCAAAACAACCAAACCGCUCGUCGCAUCUAAAAGUACAGGGGAGGCAUCCAUAGGGACCAGGGGCCCCUUGGGGAACUGUGGCCCCUCGGGAGUCAUUGGUUUCGCAGAGACCCUGAGGAUCAAAGGGGCUCCCAAUAUCGAUGGAACCAUGAGUACUUCGGAGAGCUGUGGUACCUCAGACACAUGGGGGACUGUGGGGGCCUUUAGCACCUUAGAGAACUCGGGGGUCCAUGGUGGUACUUCCAGCCACGCGGGGGGAGCCCAAACUGGAGCAACAGACCCCCGUUGUGCUGGAAUCAUCGGGACAAGACUUCAUAAGGAUGACGAGAAACUCUUUCAAAUGAGGAUGAUGAGGUCACUGCUGGCUGAAGAGGAAGAGGAGAAAGAGAGGGUGGAAGAGAGAGGGAGGAAAUCGGCCGCGAUGAUGAUGAUGAUGAUGUCGUCCACCUCAAGGAAAAGAGACAAAGCAAAGAAGAGGAGGAAGAGAAGGCCGGGCAGGCAACUGCUGAUGAUGUCAUCGAAAAAGGAGCCAUCUCCCUCUUCGUCGUCGUCGUCGUCAUCAUCUUCAUCCUCAUCUGGAGAUGAACGAGACGGGGGGAAGGAGAGGACGAGGCAAACGAGCGAGAGGGUGAGGGUGACGUGCGAUCGAGACACCAGCGACUCCGAAAGCUCCUGCUCUCUGAUUGGUCAGAGCAAGUUCUCCCUCAGCAGAGCGCUGUCCACGGAGAGCCUGGGGGGGGGGCUGUCACUUCCAGACCUCCUGAUACAGGAGGAGGAGAGGAGCAGUGAGGGAGCAGAGAGGAGAAGAGAGGAGGUGAAGGAGGCUGGAGGACCCCCAGAUGCUGACGUGUUCGUCGGUGUUUCGGCGGACCAGAUGUGCGUCUCCAGUCGACCUCGAACCACAGAGGACCUGUUUGCUGUCAUCCACAGGUCAAAGAGGAAGAUGCUAGGAAGAAGGGAUUCAGAAGACGAGAGACGCCGUGUCUCGUCUUCGUCGUCCUCCUCGUCCUCCCCUUCAGUCCCCACCGACCCCUCGCCCCGUCUGCAGCGGCCCGGAGCCUUCAGAAGUCAAAGAUCAGCGAGAAGCGAAAGCUUUAAGGCUCUCCUGCUCAGGAAGGGAACUCGGGCUGAUUCGUCUUCUCGAAUCUCUGCUGUCGAGCGGCUCCGCGUCGCUGCGUCUCCUACGACCACCGCCGACCUCCGCAGUGUGCUGCCACCGCCACCAGUCCAGCCCGAAGUCAACCCCGCAGGCUUGUCCCAAACCUCGGAUACAUGUGAUUUGAAUGUCCACCGUGCUCUGGACACACCAGCGUCUCUCUGCGGUCAGAACUUCUCCAUGAUGUUCGGAUGGAGGCGACGGGAUCUGAUGCCUCAUCACCCCCUCCUCACCUCCUCCUCCUCUCCCUUCUUCUUCCUCUCCUCAUCCUCCUUGCGACCUCGCUCGCUCACGCCUCCCUGCUCCUCCAGCCGACGCUUUGCCGCUCGCUGCCGCCUCUACGCCGCCCCCAUGACCGCCAUCUUUGAAGGAGAAGCGAGGAGGAGGAAGACGACGGGGUUUUCAGCGAGUCUCCGGGAAUCGAAGGAGGACCGAGUCAGAGGCUGGUCGAGACUUCCUGAUGGACAGGCCAAGUUAAAGACGCCGCUCGGGUUCAGCAGGAAGUAAACAGAAUGUGACGACGGACACGUCGCACCAGAAGCGUUUAAUCGAAUGUACUGAAGCACACUCUCUGUUAAAGGACGCGUCUCUCGUAGCAACACUGACGUGAAGCCUGAAGAAUCUGAUCUCCAAGAAAACAAACUUGUUGCGACGACACAAUAAUUUGCUGGUGAUCAGAAAAGUAACACCUGCAGUUAAUGUACUUUCAGUUAAACUGCCGUAAUUAUGUUCUUAUGUUCUAAUUUUGUCUUUUGCUUGAUUUAGCGUUGUCUUUUUUCACUAUUUGCAAGGACAUAAAUUAAAUUUUUGUUUGACUUGUUAUAUUGUCUCACACUAGUAAGAGGCAUCUAAAUUCAAAACCAUCCAUGUUCUCUCUGACACAACACAACUUUUAACCGAAGAGGAUGUGGAAUUAUUUUCAUUUGAUUUAAUUUGAGAUAUAAAAAAGUGGUUUUCUUGAGAUCACAGAGUAAAUGUUACAGUAAUUAUAAUAGUAUGAUGAUAAUAAUAACAAUAAUAAUAUUUAAGCAGCCAUAUUACAAGUUUUACUACACGCCACAUUGUAAUGACUGACAGGGUGCAGCAUCCAAAUCCAUACAAUUCUAUCAUUGAAAAUCAAGAUCAAAGAUUGUAAUGACAUUAAGCAAUCAGCACUAUUAAGUUUGUAAAUCUCAUUUAACAAUAAAUAUCUAACAGGAGAAGCAUAAAGCAUUAAAGAUGCUGAACCCUGAUUUAAUAUUUUAACUUUGAAUGGGAAGUAAAUGCAUUAGAAGUGAAAUUAGCAUCUCAUUUGUUCUCACCAGCUACAUAGAUCGACACUAUAAUUAAUAAGGGAUGUACUUUGUCCUGUACUGUAAAUAAUCCUUUGUUUAUGUUGCUGCUUCUCCAUCUAAACGAGUCACCGAGCCUCAAGUCUUUUUUUUUUUAACAAGUUAGCAGGUAGUGAGACGACAUAACGGUCAAAGACGAUGUACAUUUUUAAGGUUCAGACUUUAGGAACUUAAUUAUCUUUCCUGUGCGAAUGUUAUUAACCAUAAAACUAAUACAGUGUAACUGGAAUUAUGAGACGAGCGUGAGAAACUGAACGAAAAGCUCUUUUGUACGUCGGAGAAAAAUGAGAAAGAUGGAAAUCAAGAAGCAGGAAAAUGGAAACUUUUAAAUGUAAAUAGACAAAACUGUACACAUAAGAUUGAGAAAUGGAAGCAAUAAAGGAAAAACAAUAAUUUCUGAAACUGA